AUGUCUAGCUCAGAAUCCAUUAGAAUGGUCCUAAUUGGUCCACCAGGUGCCGGUAAAGGCACUCAAGCUCCAAACUUGCAAGAGCGUUUUCACGCCGCUCACUUGGCUACCGGUGACAUGUUGAGAUCUCAAAUCGCAAAGGGUACUCAACUAGGUUUGGAAGCUAAGAAGAUUAUGGACCAAGGUGGUUUGGUCUCAGAUGACAUUAUGGUCAACAUGAUCAAGGAUGAAUUGACCAAUAACCCAGCUUGUAAGAACGGUUUCAUCUUGGAUGGUUUCCCAAGAACUAUCCCUCAAGCUGAAAAAUUGGACCAAAUGUUGAAGGAACAAGGGACUCCUUUAGAAAAAGCCGUCGAAUUGAAGGUUGAUGAUGAAUUGCUGGUUGCCAGAAUCACCGGUAGAUUAAUUCACCCAGCCUCUGGUAGAUCUUAUCACAAGAUCUUCAACCCACCAAAAGAAGACAUGAAGGAUGAUAUUACUGGUGAAGCUUUAGUUCAAAGAUCAGAUGACAAUGCAGGCGCCUUGAAGAAGAGGUUAGCUGCUUACCAUGCUCAAACCGAACCAAUUGUCGACUUUUACAAGAAGACUGGUAUCUGGGCUGGUGUUGAUGCUUCCCAACCUCCUGCUACCGUCUGGGCCGACAUCUUGAAGAAGCUAGGUAAGAAUUAA